GAACACGCUUUCGCUGGCACAUCAAAUCACGGAGUGUCGUUGGCGGCAGUCAAUUGAAAAACAAGAUUCGGAGAGAGAGUGUUUGCAUCCUCAACCACCUCCUCUAAAUUACAUCGAUGUACGAAAUUCUAUCUCUAGACUCCACCACUUAGCACGGUAUAUACACGAAAGGCAACGAGCACAUCAGGCUGCACAUUAGGCUCCACACACCUGCAGUUCUACAAAGAAUUGACGAAAGGUUUGCCGAGAACCUCUCAUCUUCGAACUCUGUGGGCAUGGAGUUCGAAGUGUUUGCACGCUUGAACGAUAGGACGUUCACGAACCAAAGUCUUAUUGAUUUUCAUGAACAAUAUCCGCGUAGCUGCAAUUUUUGUCUGGAGGCGUUUACCACCGAGCUUCUUAUGAAAGCCCAUGUGGAAAGGACACAUUUCGACACGAGUGAAGACAACCGAAUAGCGCAAAAUUCCCAAGAAGUUCCUUGGUUGGACAAAGUUACUUGGUUGGACGAAGUUAUUUGGUUGGACGAAGUUAAUCACCAAAGCUGGCGUGCACAUAGCAAAGACUUUCCGGACAGUGCUCUAGGUGGUACAUCUUACAAUAUCUCCUCUCCGACCGAUGGACAAGAUCUGGGCCAACGUAGUGGAGACGAAAGAGAACGGCCACUACAGGACCAGAUCUUGGGAUUCAAAUAUGACCCGACUCCGUGUUUCAUUGGGGACUGUCGAGGAGAUUAUACGUUUCCAACAGAGUCUAGCUAUCACGCUCAUCGAAGAAACGUACAUAACAGGACCAUAUAUAGACCCAUCUUGCCUGCGAGCGUGGAUCUUGUUCCAAGCAUGACUCCCCGUGAGCAAAGUGAUCCAAUAGAAAUUGGUGCUGAAGCCAGUCGAAAAAAAAGCAACCGUUGGCGCCCCACCUACAAUUUGAAGACGCUGAAAGCUAUAAGUCUAGGGAGACCCAAAAAUCGUCGAACCAGAGAUCCGAUAGCUCAUUAUACAGAGCGUCUCUCUUCUUCCACUAAUCCGGGUUCUCGAAACUGGAAAGCUUUGUUUCCUUUCCGGGAAAAUACACGCAAGAUACUUCGAAUUUUGAUCUGCAAUAAGGAACAAAUAGCCUGUCCAGACUCCGGCUCCGAGAAAAACAUCAUGUCUGAGGCUUUCGCCCUUGAGAAUGGUUUUGAGAUCACCAGAAAGGUGACAGAUAUCAAACCCUUCGAGCUUGGUAAUGGAAAGAAAGUAUGGUCAAUUGGCCGCGUGAAGACCACUGUGAAGCUUCUUAGCCAUACUCUAAGGAAGCGGCUUCGAUGGUUCUACGUGUUUGCAACAUGUCCAGUGCCGUUGAUCUUGGGCAUGUCAUUCCUUGCAGAAGCCAAGAUUCUUAUAAAGAACAGACAUAUGCUUGAGACUUGCCCAGAAGAAUUCGCAACUCUUUCUUCUCUAUUAUGGAUUGGAUCACCUCGAGAAAAAGGCGAGUCACCCUGCAACCGCAUCAAGUGCACGUUGGAUGGAAAAAAGGUCAUGGCUGUAGCGGAUACGGGAUCCGAUCUCAACUUCAUGUGUCCGAAUUGUGCUGAGAGGGAAGGGUUUCAUGUCGACGGUCGAGACGAGGCUCGGAUACAGGUCCAGCUCGGAGAUGGGUCUGUGGCUGAGACGAUUGGUCAAGUGUAUAUUCAUAAUUUGAGUCUCGAUUGGCGAGAGCCUGUGACGAAACUAUCCCAACCUGCUCGAUCUAGUAUUCGAGAAGGGUUGUCGUCGUCGUCGGAAGUCCCAGAGGAAUCUUGCGGAACUAUCUUCCACGUUCUCCCCGGUCUAGGAUGUGAUGUUAUCUUAGGUCGAGAUGUUCUUGAUGAGACGGAUGCUUUCAACUGCUGCUCUGGUCUUUCUUGCUCCGGUGCUGCAAGCAGCCAGGAUCCAUACGAACUCAACAUAUUGAUUUUCAAGAAGAAGAAGAGGAAACAUGCCGAGAUGACUUCUGAUCCGAAAGAAGUUCACGAUGAUGAGCGUCAUGCAGAAAUGCUUCGACGGUCGAGGAGAGAAGAUGAGAUAUCCCUUCUCACAGGGGAUAGGCGAGAACAAGCUAGGGGUCGGGAAAGAAUAUUGUGUAGAGCGUGGGAUGACCGUCAUGCGGCGUGUAUAUACUGCGCGGCUGACACUUGAGCCACAUUGCACUAAAGUUGAUCCAUAUUGUACUAAAGCUAGAC